AUGCGUAAUUUAAUUGUGAUUUUAGUUAUAUUUUCACUACUUUCAGCAUUGGUUCUUUGUGAAGUCAAUCAAGUACAACUUAAAUGUCCACCACACAAACCUGGAACGUUUGGAGCUUGUAUCGAGGCAUGUGGAGAAGGUUGUGCAAAAGGUUACCUCUGUUGCUACAAUGGAUGUGGUCACGUUUGUAUGAAGGGUGUAUAUUGA